AUGGCGACUUCAACCAAGUCCAAUCUUGAAGGAAAGAUGGACAAUUUUGUUAUCGGCAUCAUUGGUAUGGGUGAUAUGGGCAAGAUGUAUGCCCGCAGGCUCAGCGAUGCUGGAUGGAGAGUGAACGCCUGCGAUAGGGAGGACAAAUAUGAAGCUUUGUGUGAAGAGUUUGCAGAUAGAAAACAAAUUACAAUUCUUCCCAAUGGCCACCUCGUUUCCAGAGCAAGUGAUUAUACCAUCUAUAAUGUCGAAGCUGCCGCAAUCGGCAAGGUUGUUGCUGAAUAUGGUCCCUCCACCAAGCAAGGUGCCAUAGUUGGAGGACAAACUUCUUGCAAAGCUCCUGAGAUAGCUGCCUUUGAAAAGUAUCUUCCUGCCGACGUUGAUAUUGUAUCUUGCCAUUCUCUUCAUGGUCCCAACGUAGAUCCUCGAGGUCAACCACUCGUUUUGAUCAAACAUCGUGCAUCCCAAGAGAACUUCGAAAAGGUUGAGCAUGUUCUCUCAUGCCUCGGCUCCAAACAACAUGUUCUCUCAGCUUCUCAACACGACCGCAUAACAGCAGAUACCCAAGCCGUGACCCAUGCAGCCUUUUUAUCCAUGGGCAAAGCCUGGCACGCCAAUCUCCAAUUCCCUUGGGAAAUAGCCCGAUAUGUUGGUGGUAUUGAAAAUGUCAAGAUUAAUCUUACCCUCCGCAUCUACUCUCAGAAAUGGCACGUUUAUGCUGGUCUCGCCAUCCUAAACCCUUACGCCAAAGAACAGAUCAGAGAGUACGCGUCAAGUGUCACGGAUCUAUACAAACUAAUGCUUGGAGGGCACAGAAGAGAGUUAGAGGAGCGAAUCAAGAGCGCAGGACGAUUCGUCUUUGCUGGACGAAAAAAGUCUGAUGAGUUACUCUUGCGCGAUGAAGUACUUGAUCGUUUCUCCCUAGGUAAAAAGCCUGAAAAACCAACGCCAAACAAUCAUCUCUCUCUUCUCGCUAUCGUUGAUUGUUGGGCUCGUCUCAACAUUAGUCCAUAUGAUCAUAUGAUCUGUAGCACACCUCUCUUUCGUCUCUGGCUCGGUGUCUCAGAAUACCUAUUCAGAAAUGAUAAAUUGUUGGAUGAAGUUAUCAAUACUGCUAUUGAAGACAAUACAUUUCGUUCUGACGAUUUGGAAUUUACAUUUGCAGCUAGGGGAUGGAGCGAGUGUGUAGAGUUUGGAGAUUUCGAGAGUUGGAAAGAUAGAUUUGAGAAGACGCAAAUGUUUUUCGCUCCAAGAUUUCCAGAGGCAACUAGAGUAGGUAAUGAGAUGAUGAAGACGAUUCUGGCAAACAUUAAGGAUUAG